GCCAUUUCCGCUAGUUUCAACACCACGCCACCGGAGAGAGCAGCUGAUAAACAACCGCUUCCCUCCACCGAAAGUUCUUUGUUCGUCUUCAGCGUUAACUAAAAGCAUGAGCGCCACCACGGCUGACAAGAUGAGCAUGUCUCUGGACGACAUUAUCAAGCUCAAUAAGAAAGGAGGCAGCGGCCGCGAGAGAGGAUCGUACGGGUCGGGUGGAAGUUCAGGUCGGGCCGGUGGAUCGUCGAGGCCGGUGCGGAGUCGACAGAAUAACUUCAACCGCGACAGAAACAACAGAUCCACACCAUACACCAGGCCCAGAGAGUUACCAGACAAAUGGCAGCACGAUAUGUUUGAGGAGCACGCUGGUGGGCGCAGAGAACAAAGUGCAGGAGCAGAAAGAAGUGUAGAAAGUAGUGGUAAACUGCUGGUUUCCAAUCUGGACUUUGGCGUCUCUGACUCGGAUAUCAAGGAACUGUUUGCGGAGUUUGGGACAUUAAAGAAAGCAUCUGUCCAUUAUGAUCGGUCUGGGCGCAGUAAAGGAACUGCAGAUGUUUACUUUGAAUCUCAAACGGAUGCACUCAAAGCCAUGAAGCACUAUAAUGGUGUCCCACUUGAUGGCCGUCCCAUGAAAAUCCAGCAAGCUACGUCAGAAGUUGACACACAGAGUAGACAGCCUACACGAAGCUCAAGCAGCGGGUUUGACCGCAGCAGGCUUGGACAGCCCAAGUUUGAGAGGAGUGAAAGGAGUGACAGGAGUGACAGGAGUGAAAGGAGUGAGAGGAGUGAGAGGAGGCAAGGUGGCAGCAGUGGAGGUUUCAGAGGUCGGGGUAGAGGUAGAGGAAACAGACCCCAACUUUCUGCAGAGGAGCUGGAUGCCCAGUUGGAUGCUUAUAAUGCCAAGUUUCAGAUGGACACCAGUUAGAAGAGCUGAGAGAGAUGCUGCCGUACCUUUCUGCGUACCUUCGUACUCCCUUUUUUUGUGUUAAAUCUGGUUGAUCAGAUGUGAUGGAUCGGACCUUAUUACACUUUGUUGUGUUUUUAAGCCAUUUUGCUGUAUGGACCAUUAUAUUCUUUUGAUUUUAAUAUUUCUCAGUAUUUUUGUAGCCAUGUUUUCAGGGGCAGUUUUAUGUAUUGAGGAUUUUUCUCCUAGGCCACCAGCUCCUGUGCUUUUCUCCAAAUGUAUGGAAAAUUGCCAUUUACCUGCAAACAUGAUUGAUUUUUUUUUUUGUAAUGAAAUCAUGUAAACAUGAUUCAGUAGUUUGACAGACUGUCCAAUGUAAUGUUAAAAAUGUAAAAUGUUCAUGUACAUCAGUUUUGUCAUUUGGUACUGUAUACUUGACAUAUGGACAUAUAUCACAAGGGUUUUGUAUAUAAAUAGUUUUAUUGAAUCGUC